GUCCAGAUUCUUGAGAUGUGACGCUCGCAGAGUUGGAAAACAGACCGCUGUACUCUGUGGAAAAUGCAGACGAGGUCGGGGAGGUGGAGGCUAAGCAAAAGGCACUGUUGCCUGUGCCACUGGUCGGUGUUAGUCCUGUCGACGAGCGGCUUGUUGCCACUGUGAAACCGGGCAGACUGGAUCCCAAGUUACAGCUGGAGGAGGAUCUUUUCCACGGAUGAAAUCCACCUUUUGAGAAAGCGCUCGAGUCAGAAUUGAGUUCACACGUCAGUUCUCCAAGAGGGAAAGGGAGAUGAUGCAACAAAGCCACCACCACUGAUUGGAAGGUUUGGCACUUCAUUGAAAAUAGGAGUUGUUGGCCUGCCCAAUGUUGGGAAGUCAACCUUUUUCAACGUGUUGACAAAGAGUCAGGCUGCAGCUGAAAAUUUCCCCUUCUGCACCAUUGACCCAAAUGAAAGCAGAGUGCCCAUUCCAGAUGAACGCUAUGAUUUCCUCUGCCAAUUCCACAAACCUCCCAGCAAAAUCCCAGCAUUUCUUAAUGUUGUUGACAUUGCUGGCCUGGUGAAAGGUGCUCAUGCUGGACAAGGCCUGGGAAAUGCCUUCCUGUCCCAUAUCAGCGCCUGUGACGGCAUCUUCCACAUGACACGUGCUUUUGAGGAUGAGGAUAUCAUCCAUGUUGAGGGGACAGUGGACCCAGUGAGGGAUAUGGAGAUCAUCCAUGAGGAGCUGAGGCUAAAGGAUGAGGAGAUGAUCGGCCCUAUUAUUGACAAGCUUGAGAAGACGGCCAUUAGAGGCGGUGACAAGAAACUCAAACCAGAAUACGACGUUAUGUGCAAAAUCAAGAGCUGGGUAAUGGAUAAAAAGAAACACGUCCGCUACUAUCACGAUUGGAACGACAAGGAGAUCGAAGUGUUGAACAAAUACUUGUUUUUGACAUCCAAACCAAUGAUUUACCUCGUUAACCUCUCUGAGAAAGACUACAUCAGGAAAAAGAACAAAUGGUUGGUGAAAAUCAAGGAGUGGGUGGACAGUCAUGACCCCGGAGCCAUGGUCAUCCCCUUCAGCAGCGCCCUGGAGAGCCAGCUACAGGACAAGAGUGAAGAGGAGAGGCAGCAGCACUGCACAGAGCACAAGACGCAGAGCGCCCUGAGCAAAAUCAUCAAGGCAGGCUACGCAGCCCUGCUGCUGGAGUACUUCUUCACUGCUGGACCAGAUGAGGUCCGUGCAUGGACCAUUCGGAAAGGAACUAAGGCUCCACAGGCUGCGGGGAAGAUCCACACCGACUUUGAGAAGGGCUUCAUUAUGGCAGAAGUAAUGAAAUUCCAGGAUUUUAAAGAGGAAGGCAGUGAGAGCGCUGUCAAGGCGGCAGGGAAAUACAGACAACAGGGGAGAAACUACGUUGUUGAAGAUGGAGACAUCAUUUUUUUCAAGUUCAACGCACCAAAUGCACCAAAGAAAAAGUGACACAAGAACAAUCUAUUUGUUUACGUAACUGACUUGUGCUUGUUACCCCCUUUUUCUCUUUGGCCUGAUACCCACUGCCACAUUCACUUUCUGUAGGAUCAAAUCCCCCCUCUGAUCCAAAGCACAGGUUCAGUAAACUCUGACAGCUUUGCUAUUUAAGAUCAGGAUCGGCCCCCACUUCAAAUCGUAGCAGCAUUUGAAGGAGCAUAUUACUCUCCAGAUACCUCAUUAAUCUCCAUCACGGGUGCCAGCACUGACACAGCUGACAGCAGGGACAAUGCCACCUGCUCUUCUCCCCCUUCUGCAGAUAAUGCAUGUUUUACAGUAGCCCAGAUGUCUACACUCAAUAAAACAUUUGACAAAACCA